ACGCAGAACAAGUGGAGGGCAGAGGUUAGUGUAUAAAAUAAACAACUAGUAUCAAGAUGGCAGUGAGCGCGAUCGGUUGUGCGCGUGCGCUCGUUUUCCUGUUCUGUCUCGCUAAGGCCGAUGACAUUUACAAUGUACCCGAAGUCACAAUACAGGCUUUCAAGCCUAAAGGGUUCCGGGCUUUUAUACCAGAUGCCCCGAAUCUAGCCCUCUUCGUAUUCCAAGGCAACGUCAACAGAAAAAUCGAGUCCACACAAGUGGGUGAACUCCAUGGAGAAGUGGUAUCACCCAAAAAUGGGAGGUGGGUGGUGGAGCUGCCCGACGUCGCGCUGGCGGUCGGCGACGUCAUCAACUACCACGUGUUCGCGUCUGUCAAGAGUGCUGCGUAUGUGAAGGAUAAGCUGACGUUUACUGUCACCAAAUUGGAAGACUACGAGUCGCGUGAAGCCCCAACGACGCCCACAAAUCCAAACUGCGCCCCAACUCUUACUCGGGUACGAGGAGGCGUCGCCUGCGCUGGACAGACCAUCUUUGAGGAGAACUUUGAUUCAUUAAGAACAGACGUAUGGCAAGUGCAGCAAUAUGUUCCUGUAGACCAUUCUGAGCAUCCCUUCGUAUCAUAUCAACGAUCUGCAGUCUCUGUGCAGAAUGGGAACCUGCGUAUCGUCCCAUCACUACAGCAGAACCAGCCAGGGUUCUCAGCUGAUAGCAUGCUCGAUUCCUUGGAUUUAUAUAAAGGUUGCACAUCAGAAACAUCAGGCACUUGUUUCGUCCAAGCUAACGACGGCAGCGGCAUCAUACCGCCCGUAGUGAGCGGUCGCAUCACAAGCAAGCCCGGCUUUGCCUUCACGUACGGAACCGUCACUGUGAGGGCCAAACUGCCGCAGGGAGACUGGUUGUACCCAGAGAUCUUACUGGAACCGUUGAUGAAGAAGUUUGUCUUCGGAAGCGUGAACUCGGGAGUUCUGAAGAUAGCGUGUUCAAGAGGCAAUAAGGAGCUUAAUUCCGGAUCCACUAACUAUGGAAAUAAAGUGAUAUACAGCGGGCCGGUCAUUGAUACCUCUUGCCACGACACAUUGCUUGUCAAGAAGAACUCAUAUACCUUCUGGGGUGACGGUUUUCACGAUUAUUCUGUCAAAUGGACGCCAGAGCGUCUGAUACUAUCUGUGGACGGACUGGAAUACGGUCGUAUAGAACCAGCGUCUAACGGGCUGCGGGGGCUACUACCGGCCUCUUGUUCCGCUGUACAACUAACUGGGAUGGCACCUUUCGAUGACCACUUCUAUAUAACCCUCGGCUUGGCUGCAGGUGGACACACAGAAUUCCCCGAUAGUUCCUUAUCACAGAACAGCCAUGAGAAACCCUGGAAGAACCAGGCUUCCAAGGCUGCUCUUCGGUUUUGGAACGACGUGGACGCGUGGAAAGCGACGUGGCAGCAACCAGAGCUGUUAGUUGACUAUGUCAAAGUGGUUGCCCUGUGAUUAUAUCAUUAUAUAUCUUACCUAUAUGGUCAAGAGAAGACUACAGCAUGUUGUGAAGUAAGGACCAAGAGAACGGAGUUCUCCUUCUCAUUGUACCUACCUAUUUCUAGUAAGUAGAUAGGUAUACCAGGCAAAUGAGGUAUCCGCAGCAACCUCGGUUCUCCAUACAUACGUAGUUACGUUCUCAUUUUAAAACGACUAGCUAGAUUGGUCUGAUACUUUGUAUUUACAGUAGGAUAAGGUAUAUCUAUGCCUGUAAUUAGUUUAUGUAGCUUCAGAUAUCAUAGUAAAAAAAUACAGCGAAUAGGCUUGUUUCCAAUUUUUUGAAACGCUUGUAUUACGUUCUAUAUUAACUAAAAGUUGCCCUAAAAUUCAACUUUUAUACUAAAAACGGCUUUAAAUAUGUUAAAUUAACAAAAUAUAUUUUGACAGAUGUUUUCGCGCCCAAAACGCUCUUUGAAAAUUGUGUGACGUCACAGUUUACGGUUUGACACAUAACUACAUACACAUGUAGAAGAUACGAACUGUGAACUGACAUUUGUCAUUUGUUGUUUAUCGCCUAAAACUGUCAACAGUUUCAAUCCGAGAGUUGUGACAUCAGAAUCUUCAAUGACGUUUCGAGUUUGGUCACGUGACGUGUGCCAAAAGAUAUUUUAAAUUCAAUAUUUACAAAAAUAUGGUCAUUACAGGUCCCCUAAAAGUAGUUUAACUUGUUCUUAUAAUCCAAAAGAAUUUAUUGGUAUACAAUUCUGCCUUAAGAUUUGUAUAUGGAAACAACCCUAUUUAAGUUUUGCAUACGAAACUUGUUUACUCCAUUUCGUUUGUUUUAUGAGCUAAUUACAGGCAUAGAUAUACCUCAUGUCAUUGUAUUUGCAAAGUUUCAUUAAAAUCCAACACGCUAGAGAGGUAUGGGCAUUGUGAAUGUCAUCUCGCUUUGUGUGGUAGGGCACAGCUAGCCAGUGGAUGUCAUUCCAGUUCUAGAGCAGAGCCCAACUGGGGAAGUACCUCCACCUUACAGAAAACAGCAGCCAAAUAACACUAGACCCUACUCAUAGUGUUGUGUUCCUGCCGGUGAGUAAGGUUGCCAGAGCUCAACUAGGGGGGCGGGUUUAGGGUCGGCAACGCGUAUGUAACUCCUCUGAAGUU